UCUGUGAUCAAGUGAUCGCAUUCGCAUCAAGCAAGGUGAAAUAAAUCAAAACAAUAAUAAAAAUAACUCGCAGUUUUGGGUUUAUAAAAGUGAAUGGUCGCCAAAUAAGUGAUGGAGAUUGUUACGAAUAGCUACAUGCCGGGCGAUCCCAGGCUUAUAGAGCAAUUAGUAUACGAGUUGAAAUCGCAAGGUAUAUUUGAUCAGUUUCGGAAAGAAUGUAUUGCAGAUGUGGAUACGAAACCUGCAUAUCAAAAUUUGAGGCAAAGGGUUGAGGGCAGUGUAACAUCAUUCCUCCAACAACAGACCUGGAGACCUGAUAUGAAUAAAAACCAAGUUCGAGAACAACUUCGGAAGAAUAUAUACGAGUCUGGUUAUUUGGAAACUGGCGUGGAACGAAUCGUAGAUCAAGUAGUGAACCCGAAAAUCAAUACAAUUUUUUUACCUCAAGUCGAGGACGUAGUGUAUAGGUACUUAGGAAUAGAAAAACCUAAUCGCCUGGAAGUUAAGAAAGAAUUAAAAAUAGAUGUAAGUGAUUUACUACCGACAGAUCUUGAAGCUAUUUCUCCUGAAUCGGAUACCAAAGAUGAUAGUCUAAUAUUCAACGAAUCUGUAAAUUCAGAAACUAAGAUGGAAGAAGACGAAAGUCCACCUUUUGAGCCAAUAGACGUUCAAAAUAGUGGAAUACAACAUGAGGAGAACUCUGUGGAUUCGCAUUUAUCUGGAUUUUCAGGUUUACAAAGCCACGAUUCUAACCCGUGUAUGGAGCCGAAAAUAUGCCAGAUGGAUUUGUCUAAUCAGGAUUCACAGGUUUCUCAGAAUAGUUCGGAUAGUCGGUUGUCAAUCAUUACAUCCGAAGACAAUACUAAAAUGGAGAUUCGCGAGGAUUCCGACUCAAAAUUAUUGAGAUCUAGCGAUUCCAAUUCCUUGAUGGAAAAUCCUCUGAAAGUGGAAACGUCUUUUGAUUCAAAUUCUUUAGUGAAGGAUGACGUAACGAAAGCUGCCGACGAAAUAGAUUCGAACAGUGACAAUAACAUGUUUGACGAUAAGAACUUAAAGAAACAAGAAGAUGAAAGAGAAGUGGACAAAGCGAGCGACAGUGCAAAGAAAAAACAGGUUGAUGAGAAGCAGGGCGAAGAUAGAAAAUAUAACGAACGAAAAUCAGACGACAAGAAAAAUAGGAGCUCGGAGAAGUACAGUUCAAAGGAUAAAAAGGAUGAUAAAUAUAAAAAAAGUAGUGGUAGUAGCAGUAGGGAAAAGGAAAAGUCCAGUUCGAAGUAUAGUUCGUCGUCUUCGUCUAAGGAUAAGUCUAAAUCUAGAGAUAGGAAGGAGUCGAAAAGUAGUUCAAGCAGCAACAAAGAAAAGGAUAAAAAUGGUAAAAAUGAAAAAGAUAAGGAUAAGAAUGAGAGGGAUAAAGAUAAGAAUGACAAAGAUAAAGAUAGAAAUGAAAGGGAGAAAGAAAAAGAUAAAAAAGACAAGUGCGAGAAGGAGAAAUCCGAUAAAAGCAAAUCAGUGAAAGAGAAAGAAAAAUCCUCAAAGGAUAAAGAUAAACCAAAAAGCUCUAGCAGUAGCAGCAAUAGUAGCAGCACCAGCAAAAACAACACCAAAGAAAAGGACAAAACCUCUAGUAGUUCAAAAUCGGACUCCUCCAAAAGAGACAAGGAAAAAUCCCGUUUAUCUAGCUCGAGCAGCUCGAAAGAUAAAUUGAAAUCAAACCAUUCCGACUCAAAAUCUAAAUCAUCGGACAAGCACAGAAGAGACGACAAAAGCGCACACUCCAAACACUCCAGCAGUUCGACCAGCUCAAAAAAGGACAAGGACAAGAAAAAGGACUCGAAAAAAGACGUUAAAGAUGACCACUACAGCUCCAAGGAUAAAAAAAGUGAUCGCCGAUCAACCGAUCGAGACUCAAAUGACGGCCGGUCGGGCAGACAAGCUCAAGCAAACUCCUUCACGGAGAGCAGCUCCUCGCAAGGGCAGAAGACUAACCAGGAAUCGUCGAAUUCGAACAGCGGAAGCGGCUCGGGCGAUUCGGGAACCUCAGAUCAAAACGAACAUACAAUAAAGUCUCCGAUUAAAACGGUCGAGCACGGCGACACCAAAGAAUUCACGUCUUGCCUCGACACGCAGAAAUUUAAGUACCUAAAACCGAAGUUCGCCUCGAAUUUUCAGGAAGCUAGAAAGUUGAUGAAGAUAAGAAAGCAGCUCGCCAAGCUGGAGAGGCAUAAUCAGUUGAGUUUGGCGCAGAUCGAAAUACCGACAGAAAUGCCGAUGGUAAACGGUGUAAAUUGCGCAGAAAAAGAUAUUAGUGAUACGGAGGACAAAAAUAUCGACGAAGUUAAUAGAGAAUCCCAAAUCGCGGAAAUAACUGUGUGUAAAACGCCUCCUAAGGACAAUUCCCUUCAACUGCAAAGCAGGGAAUUGAGUCAAGAGAAUUGGGAGGCACUGGAAGCACGGUUGGCACAAGAAAUGUCCAAUAUAAACUAUAACUCGUACGAAUCUCCUUACGACGACUACGAUUAUGGUGGGUGUAAUUCGGUUUCGACGAGCCCUAAAAAGUUGUCUUUGGAUACAAGAGAAAAGUUAAGGAAGGCAGAAAACGUAGGGAAAAUCUCGGAAACCAAGUUGAACAAACCAGAAAAUCAAAUCAGUAAAGUUAUUUGCGUUAUGUUACCGCAAAUAGAUAUAGGAAGUAAAUUACAAGAAAUGGAUGUCGGGACUAAAGCAAUAGAAAAGGAUAACGCUUCGGAAAGCGUGGGAUCGACGACAGUAGAAGAUAGUACAAACGAGGAAAAUAAAGAUGAUAAAAACUGCUUAGUGGAAGAAACAAUUGGUGUGCAUCAAGACGUAGCAGAAAAUAACCCUAGCGACACCAAGACGGGCAAGAUAGAACGUAAGGAACCACUGGAAAUUGAUACAGGCAUUACGGAAAUGAACGUCGAUCCCGAGGAUAAAAUCGACAAUGCUGUAAAUACGCAUUACAGCGAUUCGGAACCGUGCAUCUACCUCGAGCCCCUGAGCCCCCGUCUCGAUAAAAACCUGCAGUUCCUCUACAGGUACAUCGAAAAAUUGGAACAGGACGUCAAGCAUUCUCUGAAGACCUUCCAGAAUAACUUCGUGCCGUUGAAGGAGAGGUACGGGAAGCGCAAGUUGGCGGAAAACGUCGACUUGAGGAACAACAACAAAGCCCACUACGAACAAACCACAGACUUGAAAAAGAGGCGAAGGUCUGUAGCGCCGAAUCCGAACUCUGUGAUCUCAAAGGCGAAUAAAGAGAAAUUGUGCGAUAGCUCAGAUAUCUCACCGAACGACAGUUUUUCGCUUCCCCUGAGCCCCGCAGAGAGUGAUAAGUCCAAUGGGAAAAAGGAGGACGAAUCGCCAAAGCCGAAACAGAAACGAGAGACUGGCAAAAGUUUGAACACAAGAAGCCAGAGGUACUCCAGUGAAGACUUGUACAAACCCAGGCCUAUCUUUAUGAGUUCGAGAAGAAGUCGAGGUGCCAACAAUCUUGGGAAAUGAGACCGCAAACAUUACUUCGUGAAUUUAGAGAAUUCUAAGAUAUAUUUUUUAUAUGUUGAUAAUAUUUAUAUAAUACAAUUAUGCUUAUCGUUAA